CCUGCAGCAGCAGCAGCAGCAGCAGCAGCAGCAGCAGCGCUGUCUGACUUAGUAAAGGAGGAUCUGUCGCUUGCUGUUGCUUCUAUUACCUGCGCAAGGACUCAGAGAGCCGCGCUCAAAAUGCCCGGCGACGGCUUCACCAUCACAAGUCGCAUCAGGAACUUACUGCGGUCGCCGUCAAUCAAGAGCAAGAAGAAAUGCAAGGAAAGCCUCACCAGCAAGGUGACUUUGGAGAAGGUGCUGGGGAUCACCGCCGCAGGAAACAGUGGCCUGACCUGCGAUCCCAGAUCUGGACUUGUGGCCUAUCCUGCGGGGUGCGUGGUGGUCUUGCUGAGCCCCAAAAAGGACAGACAGCUCCACAUUAUCAACACAUCCAGGAAAACUAUCACAGCUCUCUCAUUUUCCCCCGAUGGAAAGCACCUGGUGACCGGAGAGAGCGGUCACCUACCAGCAGUGAGACUGUGGGACGUCGCCGAGCGCAGGCAGGUGGCCGAGCUGCAGAAGCACAAAUACGGCGUCUCGUGUGUGGCCUUUUCUCCCAACAACAAAUACAUAGUCAGUGUGGGAAACCAGCAUGACAUGAUGGUCAACGUCUGGGCCUGGAAGAAAGACGUCGUCGUCGCGGCGAACAAAGUGUCCAGCAAGGUGACAGGCGUGUCUUUCUCUGAAGACAGCUCUUACUUUGUGACUGUGGGCAACAGACACGUCAAGUUCUGGUAUUUGGACAACUGUAAGGCCAACAAGACCACAACUCCCGUGCCUCUGCUGGGCCGCUCGGGACUCCUGGGAGAGCUGAGGAACAACUUCUUCUCUGAUGUGGCCUGUGGGCGGGGCUCCAAGUCCGACUCCACCUUCUGCAUCACCUCCUCUGGUCUGCUGUGUGAGUUCAACAGCAACAGGAUGCUGGACAAGUGGGUGGACCUGCGGACCGGCGCGGCUCAGUCCCUGUCUCUGUCCGAAGACACGAUCUUCUGCGGCAGCGCCGACGGAAUGGUGCGGGCCUUCAGACCCGCCGACCUGAGCUUCGUCUGCACGCUGCCGCGGCCCCAUCCCCUCGGCGCUGACGUCUCGGCCGUCACCGAGGCCAGCACCCUGUUUCACGCCAAAACAGAAGACAGAUACCCAGACGUCAUUGCGGUCACCUAUGAUCCCGUGAGCCGCUGGCUCAGCUGUGUGUAUAGUGACCACAGUUUGUAUGUGUGGGACGUUAGAGAGGUUCACCGGGUCGGGAAGGUGAACUCUGCCCUCUUCCAUGCUGCGUCUGUUUGGGACCUGGAGGUGUUUCCUGACGUUCCCGGAGGUUUGGCCGCAGAUUUGUCAUCAAACUCAUUCUUCACUUGCUCGGCAGACGGCACCAUCAGAAUAUGGAGGAUGGGAGACUCGACGCAGAACAUCCUCAGCAACGAUCUCUUGAAGAUAAUGUACGUAGAUGGAAAUGCGGGCACGCUGCAGGAUCCAGAGUGGAACGCGAACACGGACAAAUCAGGGGACGGGCAGACGGCAGAAACCAGAGCAGGCGUCAGAACCAUCUGCGUGAGUCCAGACGGCAAACACCUGGCGUCCGGAGACCGCAGCGGGAUGCUGAGGGUUCAUGACCUCAGCAGCAUGGAGGAGAUUCUUAAAGUGGAAGCCCAUGACGCUGAGAUCCUCUGUCUGGAGUACAGUAAACCAGAAACAGGCCUGAAGCUGCUCGCCACUGCCAGCAGGGACCGUCUGAUCCACGUCUUGGACGCGGACGACGGCUACAGCCUGGUGCAGACGCUCGACGAACACUCCUCAUCCAUAACAGCCGUCCGCUUCGCCGCCAAUGACGACAAGGUGAGGAUGAUUAGCUGUGGAGCAGACAAGAGCAUCUACUUCCGCACGGCGCACAAGACCGAGAAAGGCACAGAGUUCAGGCGCUCCCACCACACGGUGAGGAAAACCACACUUUACGAUAUGAGCGUAGACGCCACCUGCAAGUACGCAGCUGUUGGCUGUCAGGACCGCUGCAUCAGGAUUUUCAACAUCAGCAGCGGCAAACAGAGAAAGCUCUACAAAGGAUCGCUGAGUGAAGAUGGCAGUCUCCUCAGGGUUCAAAUCGAUCCUUCGGGUCAAUACGUGGCCACCAGCUGCUCCGAUAAAAACAUCAGCAUCUUUGACUUCUGCACUGGAGAGUGCGUCGCCACAAUGUUUGGACACUCGGAGAUUAUCACUGGGAUGAAGUUCACCAGCGACUGCAAGCAUUUAAUCUCUGUAUCAGGAGACAGCUGUGUCUUUGUCUGGCGCCUUGCUCCAGAACUUACAAUGGCCAUGAAGGAGAGGCGGUACCAGCUGGGAGAACACCAGAACUCACCUCGCCGUGGGACCUCUGGAAUCAGGCGGGAGGCGUACAGCGCUCCGGUUCUGGUCGGCCUGUCGUCUGACAGCGACCAAGACAACGAGGCGGAGGAGAACGAAGACACUAAUGAUGCGGACGACAGCAAAAGCAGCGACUCCUCCAACAGCUGCCACGGAGAGGAGGACACAGAUUCAGAUGAAGAACAGGACUGGGAGCAGAGAAAGCACGGAGCAGUAAGCCAGGUCCUUCCUGACCCCACUAAGCGUCCGCGGAGACGUUGGUCCCGUCGCAUCGGUUCGCUGGAGCUGAUGGUGAAAUCCAUGCUGGACCUGAGGCAACUUGAGACCUUUGGUCAAAAGAAGAACCUCAACUGCCCCACACAGAGCAUCUCCAGCCUCCAUGACCCUGAGAGCAACUUUCAUUUCCAGGAGCAGCAAGUGGAAGAGAGAUCCAGGAGGCAUCUGGCUUGGUUGCCCUUGGCAACGUCCAAUUGUGCCACGGAGACGGAUGGACCGGUGUUCUUCCCUGAGGAAAACGAAGACGACACGAGUCCAGUGGAUGGCGACGAUUACGUGGUGACGGAGCGGCCCCGCAGCCCGCCGAGGCAGAGGACCCGCGCAGAGAGCCAGGACAGCCGCAGCCCAGACAGCGCCUGCUCGCUCGGCUACGACAGCAGGGAGUCGAGCCCGGAUCGCGUCCCGGACGCAGAUGUGGAAUCUCUGAGUCGGUGCAGCUCUGACGAGGAGGAAGAGCGGGCUGCGAGGAAGACCGCGUUGGUAACGAGCAUGGACGAAGCUCUGAGGACGGUGAACGACUCCCAAGAGCCCGGUGAGGAGGACUUCCUGCGGCGGAACUUCGAGGCGCUGGCCGAAAGCUGCAGCUCAGCCGAGCAGAGCAAAGUCCCGGGGCUCAGCAUGUCUUCACGCUUCCUGGCCAAAGGACAUAAUAACAGACCAGUAGCUCCACUGGCCAGAAUGACUGAGUCGGAAGAAGGACUGAAAUCCGCCAAGCCUCCGGUGUCGAAGGUUCGGCCCAUGAUGGACGAGAGGAGAAAGACGGAGGACAGGACGGCUGUCAGAACUGAGAGGCCUCCGGAGAGAAGUUCUCCUCCUAAGCUCCGGCCGCUGAAGAAGAAGACGUCCUGGUCCCCGGAGUGGAGGAAGUCCAACCCGGCAUCGAUGACCUCCUCCACGCUGGACAUACCAGCUGCUUUCCAGAAGUCCCGUUCUGCACAGAACCUAUCUUCAGACUUGUCUCACUCCCCGGCGCCCCCUAGUGUCCAAAGGGAGCAGCAGAGGAGACCUCAGCAGCUGCCUUUGACUACCUCCACCUCCCAGCCUUCCUUUUACUUCUCGUCCCCGUCCUCCGGGUCACCACACACCCCGCCGUCCCCCCCGCCAUGGGAGAGUCCCAAACUAAAGCCUUGCCACUCCUACAUGAACCCCACAGCCAGCUCCAACGCCAAACGCAGCCGCUCCACCUCUCCAAGAGACGGUGUCCAGCCUUGCCAGUCGCCGCCUCGCUCCCCGCACUUCCCCGAAAGCAGGAGGUCACCCGACGAGCCGGAGGCGGAGCCACGCCUCGGUUUCCCGUCCUCGGUCUCGUCUGAGUCGUCCAUAUCAUCCAGCUCGUUCUCCAAAAGCUCCUCUCUGGGUCAUCAGGCAGCCGGGCGUCCGACCCAGAACGCCGCGGCCUCGCGGAUCCCGCUCCCGAAGCAGCCUCUGAGCCCGCGGCGCAGCCUGUGCCUGGACGCCAAGCCGACCCCACGCUGCUCCGCGUCUGGGUUCAGGGCUUCCGCUUCAACCGUAGAUGUUCGCUGUGAUGUUCCAGAUAAAACACAAGGGCGAUGCAGACAACUCUCCUUAUGUUUGGAUCCUUCGUUACCAAGUUCGCUGCCAGUGAGGAAGAGCAGAGAUGCGUUUCCUCAGAGUGUUGAGGGAGGUCAGGUGGCUAAAGAGCGCCCUCUGGUGUCGGGAGAAGACCGCACAUCGAGCCCACGGCCAGAUCACUCCGUCACCUUAGAGACGUGCAGGCAAGCCGUCGCCGAUCUUCGACAGAGUCUGAGGGAAGCCGUCGUUUUGUACACUGCGUUACUGAAAAGCAACCAACCGCAGCGCUCAGACCACCAGGAGAUGAGGGGCCUCCUGUCCGAGGCCCUGUUCAGGGUCAAGGCCGAGCUGGACUCGUUGCCCCUCGGCUCCUCGGGGCCCCAGGGGGCCCCCGUGUUAAACAGCGACGGAGACAAGGCCCUGGCUCUGCUGGAGCAGUACGCCGAGCUGCUGCUGAAAUCGGUGGAGAGGAGGCUGGACACCAAGACCUGAACGGACGGCGUCGGUGUUUUCAGUAGCCGCGCAGAGACGUGACGAGACCGACGCAUGCAGGAGCAACAGAACGUGAACAGCACCUUUUUCUAUUUGCACACUUGCACAAAAAAUGUAAACACUUCAUGCAAACAGUGGGAACGCCGUCGUGUUUAGAGGAGCUGGUAGAACGACGGCUGAAUAUUAAGCACUGAAAUAUUAUUUAGUUUUCUUUCGUAAAAGUGACUUGCUUUUCAUUCAACCCUAAUUUGUCUUUAGUGUGAUAAAUUGUGACUGUAACUGUUGACUUAAUGACAGAUGGUUUGAUUUUUACCGAGGGCAAAUAUGAAACAUUUAAAUCUUUAAAGCGUCAUAGAGUAUGCCAUAUUUGAAAAAGGUUAUUGGGAUAAACUGAAAGAAAAUUAGUUUAUCAAGAUGUCACUGUAAUUUACGGUACUGUAAAUGUUUCUGCUUGAUUUUUCUUUUCAGGAAAACAACAAACGAGUUUUGUUACUGACUUGGAAUGGAUUUAUGAAAAACUUGUAAUGAUUUCUGACUCAUUUGGCAGAAAUACCUCAUCUACUGACAACAGAGCAAGUGAAGUUUGCGUCAAUUUUAUAUAUUUUUGUGCCAACAGGAUUUUUAAUAUUACUUAAAUAUGUGUAGUCUCAUUAGUGUUUAUCUACUUUUAUUCGUCUAAAUCCUGGUUAUACUUUUGUUGAGUUUUCUUUUAAUGCUCUGAGAUUUUGUAUUUUUCUG